ACCCGGCACACCUAUAUCGACAACUAAUCGACACAGCGUCAAUAAAAGUGAGGCGUCUCACCGAGUACCAGGUCAUCGGGCGUCAUCUGCCCACCGAGGCCAACCCCACGCCCAAGCUGUACCGCAUGCGCAUCUUUGCGCCCAACGCUGUCGUGGCUAAGUCGCGGUUCUGGUACUUCCUGACCCAGCUCCGCAAGGUCAAGAAGGCCAACGGUGAGAUCGUCAGCCUCAACGUGAUCCACGAGAAGCGCCCCCUCAAGGUCAAGAACUUCGGUAUCUGGCUCCGCUACGACUCCCGCUCCGGCACCCACAACAUGUACAAGGAGUUCCGUGAGAUGAGCAGGACCGAGGCCGUUGAGGCUCUUUACCAGGACAUGGCUGCUCGCCACCGUGCCCGUUUCGGCUCCAUCCACAUCCUCAAGGUUGUCGAGAUCGAGAAGGCCGACUCUAUCCGCCGCCCCUACAUCAAGCAGCUUCUCCAGAAGAACCUCAAGUUCCCUCUGCCCCACCGCUCCGCCACUGGCAACAAGAAGAAGGUCUUCGCCUACUCUCGUCCUUCUACUUUCGCUUAAAUGUGUGGCUUUGGGUUUGUGGGAAAGGAGUGUGCGGAUGAAUGACUAUGUAAUGGCCAUAGCAUGCAUGAAGGACACAGAUCACGCGGAAACGCCGGCGUAUCUACAGCCCAAUUGAUGGGAAAGAUGGUUUUAUGUCUCUAGUCCUCUGCAGCGACCUUUCAAGUUAUAUCCAAAAAAUCAUGGGGUUCAUUUUUUGUUGUU